CAACUACUUCCGGUUCGGAAUUAUUUAUUUCGGUUUUGCUUUGCUUUGCUUUUCCGACGUGGCCACACACUGGUCGCUUCAUUCCUCUACCCAAGUUCGAAUUGGGCGGAUUGAAGCGUCGACACAGGACGUCCGUCCGAACUUAGACAUCGUUUGUGACCUUUUCGUACGCGCGCGGAUCAUCUCGCCUCAGUACACGUCCAAGCUUCUCUAGCUAGCUUCUCUUAUUUGAGCUAGUUAGCCGCUUACAAAGACAGACGUUCGCCUAGACGCAUAGGCAAGGGAAGAUCAAGUGAGUGUAAAGUGUUGGAUCGUUGUGUGAAAAUGUGUUCAAGAGGGGCAGCGCAGUGCGAGGAGGGACUUUGUGCAACAAAGGAGCGGCGAGGUCAACUGCCCGACGACGCCGUUUUCAACGAGACUCCACUUGUGGUCCACGCAGCAGAUGUCACGGAAGGAGAUCUCGGUUCUUGGCGGCGGCAGCAGCUGCAGUCACUCCACAUCAAGCAGGAGGAGUGGCCCAAGCCGUGUCACAUUAAAGAGGAGGAGGAGGAGGAGCAGGAGGAUGAAAUCACCACGUUUCAGUUGACUGACGUCAGUGUGAAGUUUGAGGAAGGUGAGGGAGAACACAGCGGAGGAUCAAACCGUCUCGCGUCGGCCCCGCAAUCAGAUAGUGACGACGCCACCUCGCACUCUUCUUACCAUGACGACGAUGGACGCGCUCGACGUGACGUGACCGGUCAGACUGACAAAAACCCACGUGUGAAAUGUUCUCAGUGUGACAAAACCUUUGUCUACAAGUCAAGGUUGAAAAGACACUUGAGAACGCACACUGGAGAAAAACCAUUUAGUUGUUCCCUGUGUGGUAAAAGCUUCUCUCUCAAGGCACAUUUAACGGCACACAACACGACGCACACCGGAGAGAAACCUUUUGCCUGCUCGGUUUGCGAUCAGCGCUUCUCCAGAAAAGAACAUUUAACAAGGCACACAAAAAGACAUAAUGGAGAGAAACCCUUUCCCUGCUCAAUCUGCGGUAAAAGCUUCUCCGAAAAGACCCAUUUGAAGAUACACACCGGCACACACACGGGAGACAAGCCGUUUGCCUGCUCAGUGUGUGGCAAAAGCUUCACUCUGAAUUCACUUUUAACAAGGCACACACAAACACACGCUGAAGAAAAACCUUUUGUCUGCUCUGUUUGCGGGAAGAGAUUUGGUCACAAGGGAGAUUUGACCAAACACACGCGAACGCAUGCGGAAGAGAAACUUUUUGUCUGCUCCGUUUGUGGUAAAAGAUUCACUCUGAAAGAAGGUUUGACCAAACAUUCCAAAACGCACACGGGAGAAAAACCUUGCGCUUGCCCAGUCUGUGGCCAACGCUUCUCGGAAAAGGCCCGCUUAACCAGACAUAUCAGAACACACACUGGGGAAAAACCAUUUGUAUGCUCACUCUGCGGUCAAAGGUUUUCCGAAAAGGCCCGUUUAACGCGACACGCGCGGACGCACACUGGAGAGAAGCCCUUUGCGUGCUCCAUUUGUGGGAAAACCUUCAACCGAAAGACCACGUUGAAAGCGCACACCCGAACCCACACUGGAGAAAAGCCUUUUGGCUGUUCACUUUGCGGCCAAAGAUUCUCAACCAACGGGAAUUUAACCAUCCACAUGAAAAGACACGGCGGAGAGAAGCCAUUCGCUUGCUUAUUCUGCGGCAAAAUGUUCCGUGAGAAUGGACUUUUAAAAAUGCACACGAGGAAACACACCGGAGAGCAGCCAUUUGCCUGCGCACUUUGUGGCAAAAGGUUCUCCCAGCGGGCCGAGUUGACCAAACACGCGAGGACGCACACCGGAGAAAAACCUUUUGCCUGUUCAGUGUGCGACAAAAGAUUCAACGAGAGCGGCCAUCUCACCAGGCACACGAGAACCCACACGGGAGAGAAACCGUUUGUCUGCUCACUUUGCGGCAAAGGAUUCGCCGAGAACGGCCACUUAAGACGACACACCAGAACACACGCGGAGGAGGAGCAGCCGGCCGGUGGCUCGCAGCCGGCCGGUGGCUCGCAGCCGGCCGGUGGCUCGCAGCCGGCCGGUGGCUCGCAGCCGGCCGGUGGCUCGCAGCCGGCCGGUGGCUCGCAGCCGGCCGGUGGCUCGCAACGGGUGUGAUGAACGACGGACGAGUAGCUGGAGACGCUCAAGUGCGACCCUCCCUGUGGCACCGCAGGAGGGCGCUGUUGGACAGGGCAUUUCCGGUAUAAAUAGGAAGUCCCCAGUUACCGUGAAGUGGCAAGUUCCGGUGGGUGGGUGCCCAGGGAGAUUGCUGGGCGCACGCCAUCUGCCAAUCUGGUAAUGAUUGCUUUUGUAUUUCAGUGGUUGUUUUUUUUCCCUCUGGAAUGAUUAUCGUCUGGUCAAUGUGUUUUAUAUGACAGGGUGGAUUAGUGGUCGAGGCUUCGCGUGCGAGUGACUGGGUUUGGGUGUGCGACACUUCAGGUAGGCGCUAUUCUCAUGUUUCUAAGCGUUCCAUAUUAAAAUGGAGUUUCAACUGUUUAGGGACACGUGUUUGCUUUUUACAGUUGCUCAGGUGUACCGUUGCCUGCUGUUCUUAGUUCUCGUUUUGUUGUUUCGGUUAGGCCGCCGCCGCGCUUGGGUCCUGUAAAGGCGGAUCAACCUCGUGAAUCUUUUCUCUGUUUGUCCCGUAACGUGUCACUAAUAAACCUUGUCAACUUCA